AUGAGUCUCAUAGUCAGAUAAAGAGUAGGCAUGCAUGACGAGUCCGUCACUCAAUCUAUUUUAUCCAAAGAAAUUAAAAAAAAAAAAAACUAAAACAGAAAACGCCAACCCAUUAAACAACUUGUGUGUCUAGUGUCAAUAGCUAAACCAAUUAAGGAACAUGUCUACAUCAAAUCAAAUGUGGAACUCAAAUUGGCUCUUUCAUACAUUCCAGAUCACUGUUUAGGAAGUUUAAAAGAAAGUCCCUGCACUUAUAAUUAUAGAGUCUCGCGCACUGACCGAUUGGAUGACGUCUACUUUUACACUCUCGAAUUACUCGAUCAAGCCAAUCAUUCGAUCGAUCAGAUCACCAACUUGCUAAUCAACUAAUCAGAUCCAGAUGCACCAUUAGCUGUUAAACUCGUGCAAGAACGCCAUCAAAUCCUGAAUGACUUCACUGAAUAGCCUUACAUUUCAAAUGAAGAUCUACUGAAUGUUGAAAAAAUUGCUCAAGAUUAUCCCUACCAAUGUACAAUCCAAAAAGUGAACAAGGAUUCUAGUUCACUCUCCCAAAGAAUUGUCAAUGAAUAAUUUUACACCUUGAUGGGAGUCAGCAGAGACAUGAUGCUUAACCACUUGCACGAAACUAAGACCAUCCCAUCUAUGUUUGAUCUUGGACCCAGUCUCAAAAUGUGGUGUGAUCUGUCAGCUAAUUCGAUUCAAUCUGCUCACACUUUUGAAACCUACAUCAACACCUAUGAAGGAGCCUAAUAUAAAUGCACCGUUGAAUAAAGAUAAAUGUUUAAAAGAACACAAGUUAACCCAAAUUAAAUUGUGCUCAUUGAAUUUUGGCUCUUUAAAGUAGACGAACCUUUGAAAUCUUAUCUCAUGAAUCCCUAGCGUAUCUACUAGAAUUAAAUCGAUUAUUUUAACAAGAAGAACACUUAAUAAGAAUAUGAAGUAUUCCUUCAAUCGAUGAAACAGAAGACCACUCCUCAGUAUAAAAACAAAAAUGCUUGUGGAUAUAAGUAAUUGACAUGGAUCUGA